CUAGCCUAGCCUAGCCUGGGAUUGGCUGCGCGGUCGCCUCGUCCCAGAAUGCAGCGCAUGGCGCGUCAUUGAAGAGAGACCAUGAUGGCGGCGGCCGCAUCGGCGGCGGGGGCCCCCGAGGUGAUCGCCCAGCUGGAGAACGCGGCCAAAGUGCUCAUGGCACCACCUUCCAUGGUCAAUAAUGAGCAACGCCAACAUGCUGAGCACAUAUUCUUAUCAUUUAGAAAAUCAAAAUCACCAUUUGCUGUUUGCAAACACAUUUUGGAAACUAGUAAAGUGGACUAUGUCCUUUUUCAAGCAGCUACAGCAAUAAUGGAAGCAGUUGUAAGAGAAUGGAUUCUCUUAGAAAAAACUAGCAUUGAGUCACUGCGAACAUUCCUUCUAACGUACGUCUUACAAAGGCCUAACCUUCAAAAGUAUGUUCGGGAGCAGAUUCUAUUAGCAGUAGCAGUGAUAGUGAAACGGGGAUCAUUAGACAAAUCAAUCGACUGCAAAAGCAUUUUCCAUGAAGUCAGCCAAUUGAUCAGCAGUGGGAACCCCACUGUGCAAACUUUGGCCUGUUCCAUUUUAACGGCGUUGUUGAGCGAAUUCUCAAGUUCAAGUAAAACCAGCAACAUUGGACUAAGCAUGGAGUUCCAUGGUAACUGUAAACGUAUAUUUCAGGAGGAUGAUCUGCGGCAGAUCUUCAUGCUCACAGUAGAGGUACUUCAGGAAUUCAGCAGACGGGAAAACCUCAAUGCUCAGAUGUCUUCAGUGUUUCAUCGCUAUCUUGCACUAGCCAAUCAGGUCUUAAGCUGGAACUUCCUUCCUCCAAAUUUGGGCAGACAUUAUAUAGCUAUGUUUGAAUCCUCGCAAAAUGUGAUGCUAAAGCCAACAGAAUCCUGGCGCGAGACCCUCCUGGACAGCAGAGUUAUGGAGCUUUUCUUUACAGUACAUCGAAAAAUCAGAGAAGAUACAGAUAUGGCCCAAGAUUCAUUACAGUGUCUGGCACAGCUGGCGUCUUUGCAUGGGCCAGUCUUUCCCGAUGAAGGUUCACAAGUUGAUUACCUGGCACACUUCAUUGAGGGAUUACUGAAUACUAUCAAUGGAAUUGAAAUAGAAGACUCUGAAGCAGUGGGAAUUUCCAGUAUUAUCAGCAACCUGAUAACUGUAUUUCCUCGCAAUAUUUUAACUGCCAUUCCAAAUGAACUUUUCUCUUCAUUUGUUAACUGCCUUGCACACCUCACCUGUUCUUUUGGAAGAAGUGCUGCCUUGGAAGAAGUGCUUGACAAAGAUGACAUGGUGUAUAUGGAAGCAUAUGAUAAAUUGCUGGAAUCUUGGCUUACUUUGGUACAAGAUGACAAACAUUUCCACAAAGGUUUCUUUACCCAGCAUGCUGUUCAGGUCUUUAAUUCCUACAUUCAGUGCCACCUAGCCGCUCCUGAUGGUACAAGGAAUUUGACUGCCAAUGGUGUGGCCUCUCGGGAAGAAGAAGAAAUAAGUGAGCUGCAGGAAGAUGACAGAGACCAGUUCUGUGACCAGUUGGCCAGUGUAGGCAUGCUGGGGAGAAUUGCUGCGGAACACUGUAUACCUCUUCUUACAAGUGAAGUUAUGUUGUUAUUUAUCCACAGUUUAUUAGAAGACCGAGUGACAAGGCUCCAUGGUCAGUUGCAAAGGCAUCAGCAGCAGUUACUUGCCUCACCAGCAUCAGGGUCAAUUGAUAAUAAAGUGCUUGAUGACCUGUAUGAGGAUAUUCAUUGGCUUAUUUUAGUCACAGGCUACCUCUUGGCUAAUGAUACUCAGGGAGAGACUCCGCUAAUACCUCCAGAAGUAAUGGAAUACUCCAUUAAACAUUCAGCUGAGGUUGACAUCAACACAACACUUCAGAUUCUGGGAUCUCCAGGAGAAAAAGCCUCUUCCAUCCCAGGGUACAACAGAACUGAUUCUGUAAUUAGGUUGUUAUCUGCUAUUUUAAGAGUGUCAGAAGUAGAAUCUAGAGCAAUAAGGGCAAAUCUCACACACCUCCUGAGCCCUCAGAUGGGCAAAGAUAUUGUAUGGUUCCUCAAGCGUUGGGCAAAGACUUACCUCCUAGUAGAUGAAAAGCUGUAUGAUCAGAUAAGUCUGCCAUUUAGUACAGCAUUUGGUGCUGAUACAGAGGGUUCCCAGUGGAUUGUGGGUUACCUUUUAGAAAAAGUGAUCAGUAACCUGGCAGUGUGGAGUUCAGAGCAGGACCUUGCAAAUGAUACUGUACAACUACUAGUAACAUUAGUGGAAAGGAGAGAGCGGGCAAACUUAGUUAUUCAGUGUGAAAACUGGUGGAAUUUAGCUAAACAAUUUGCAAGGCGAAGCCCUCCUCUUCAUUAUUUGUCCAGUUCUGUGCAGAGAACACUAAUGAAAGCUUUAGUUUUAGGAGGUUUUGCUCAUAUGGAUACAGAAACAAAGCAACAAUACUGGACAGAGGUUCUUCAGCCACUUCAGCAGAGAUUCUUGAAUGUAAUAAACCAAGAAAACUUCCAACAGAUAUGUCAGGAGGAAGAAGUGAAACAGGAAAUCACUGCUACAUUGGAAGCACUCUGUGGCAUUGCUGAGGCUACCCAGAUUGAUAAUGUAGCAAUUCUCUUCAAUUUCCUAAUGGACUUCCUUAAUAACUGCAUUGGAUUAAUGGAAGUAUACAAAAACACACCAGAGACUGUUAAUCUCAUAAUAGAAGUUUUUGUAGAAGUUGCACAUAAACAAAUUUGCUAUCUUGGAGAGGCCAAAGCCAUGAACUUGUAUGAGGCCUGCCUAACUCUGCUCCAGGUAUAUUCCAAGAAUAAUCUAGGUCGACAACGGAUAGAUGUUACAGCAGAAGAAGACCAGUACCAGGAUCUCCUUCUUAUUAUGGAGCUUCUCACUAAUCUUUUAUCAAAAGAAUUUAUAGAUUUCAGUGAUACAGAUGAAGUAUUUAGAGGACAUGAACCUGGGCAAGGUACAAACAGAUCUGUAUCAGCAGCAGAUGUUGUCUUAUAUGGGGUUAAUCUAGUUCUGCCUCUAAUGUCCCAGGAUCUGCUGAAGUUUCCAUCCCUGUGUAAUCAAUAUUACAAAUUAAUCACGUUCAUCUGUGAGAUAUUCCCUGAGAAAAUUCCACAACUCCCAGAGGACCUCUUUAAGAGCCUAAUGUACUCACUGGAGUUAGGGAUGUCAUCAAUGAGUUCAGAGGUUUGCCAGCUCUGCCUGGAGGCUGUAACACCAUUAGCAGAACAGUGUGCAAAAGCACAAGAAACAGAUACAACCCUUUUUCUAGCAACAAGGCACUUUCUUAAGAUGGUCUUUGAUAUGCUGGUACUUCAGAAGCACAAUACAGAAAUGACAACGGCAGCAGGUGAAGCAUUCUACACAUUAGUGUGUUUGCAUCAGACUGAAUAUUCAGAGCUAGUUGAAACGUUGCUGUCAACUCAACAAGAUCCAGUAAUUUACCAGCGGUUAGCAGAUGCCUUCAACAAGCUUACUGCAAGCAGCACUCCUCCUACACUGGACCGUAAGCAGAAGAUGGCCUUCUUAAAGAGUUUAGAAGAAUUUAUGGCAAAUGUUGGUGGACUUCUCUGUGUAAAAUAAACAACAAAACUCUA